AUGUCGUGUCGGUUGCAAGAGGUUCGUGCCUUUCUUUUAUUGUAUAUGGCUAUUGGUAUAUCUGUAUCUAAGACUGCAAUUUUAGGUCACAUGAGAGGAACUUUGUUUCCUCAAAGACAGGCUAAAUACGUCAUGAAGCGCGUUGGGGUUCGUAAAGAUCACAGCAAAAAAAAUGAACCAGAUCCGGAAGAAAUGAAAUACUUAAAAUUUAAGAAUAUCAAAUUGCUCCCAGGAAUUAAAGAGGUGGAUUGUUCUCCGUUGCGAUCUCAUCAGCUGCAAGUUAAUCUUGCAGUGCUUAAUCAUUUGCCGGACCUAGUAUUCAAGAAGAUAUCAACUGCAACAGAAGAAAAUACGCGCGCGAUUUCCGGCUCCGUAACCAUACAAGAUGUGAUAGAUAAACUCGCACAAUACGGUGUCAAAUUAGAAAGAGGAAAUAUAAUUUGGCCAAUGGGCACAGAUGACAUUACUCAAUCCGGAGAAUAUCGCUGCGUUUUUGCAUUUCCCGAGUUUCGGAUGAGAAUUGCAAAGAAAAUAGUUGUCCGAGGAUUAAAGAGUAAGAAACCGGAAAAGAAAACUCGGGUAAAGCUAUCAAAGGAAGUUUAA